GCGGCGCUACAACUCGUAAGGGUCACUCAGAUUCGCAAAGCAAAACAGCGGCUGUGGCCAUGAAAAGGCGACACAUUUUUUAAACGAAACUCGAGUGCGUGGCGUACAGAGGUGCGGACUGGCUCGCUGGCUCUGAAUCACAUGUUUGUUGUCCUGCCUUGGUCCUGCCAAAAUGGCAGUCAGCGAUGAUUCCGUCGAACGCACACCGCUUCUUCAGGAACAAUCUGAUUCUUCUUUGCCCAGUUACAGCAAUGCCCAGGUCAGGGACGAACUCCCACCGCCAUACACGCCACAGUUUGCUGCCCAGGGCAACAUCGUUCCAUGUCGUGUGUGUGGAUAUGUGAUUGACAUCAGCGGCCGACGGGACCAGCAUGUUGUAAAAUGCUCGCGCUGCAGCGAGGCCACGCCCAUUCGUCAUGCACCUCCAGGCAAGAAGUAUGUACGGUGUCCUUGCAACUGUCUCCUCAUUUGCAAUGUGACUUCGCAAAGAAUAGGCUGCCCAAGGCCAAACUGCCACCGAAUUAUUAAUUUGGCUCCAAGUACCACUAGCAUUCCCCAGGCUCCCCUCCCUGGACUUUGCCGUGUUUCAUGCGUCCAUUGUCAGCAGAACUUCCUGUUCAACACGCUGAACAAUGCCUUGUCCCGCUGCCCACAUUGCAGAAGAGUGUCUUCGGUGGGGCCCCAGUUUGCACGAACCCGAGGAAUCCUUUCUCUUGUCCUUGCUCUCGUGUUUUUGGCCAUUACGCUUGGAGUUGCGUUGGGGACGUACCAGUAUGCUUUUGAGAAGAAGGGAAUAUAUGUUGUUUAUGCUGGUGGCUUCAUUGCUUUCCUCCUGUUCUUGCUGAGGUCCCUCUAUUACCUCACAAUGAGGGUAUCUCACAUUGAAGGACCAGCAUGAAGUCGAAGCCACAUGGUUAUGUGUCCUGAUAGUUCCCAGAUAUCUAUGUGCAAAAUAUAUUACUUUGCUUAUUGUCAGACCUCUUGGUCUGUGUUGAAACCCAGUAUCAUGUUUUACUUGUUUUGCCCCUUAUCCCCAAGUGUAUAUAUGAUUUAUGACUUGAGAGUUUGUUUUUUCUAUUUUUUUAGGUUCCUCCUUGAUCAAGUUUCACCUUAGUGCUGCUGUAAGAGCACAAUAUUGAUAUUCAUUAACUUUCCUGCUUGCUUGCAUGCAUGCUGAUACGUUUUUUGGACACAGCUGUUGGCUUAAUGGUUGAAAGAACUUAAAAACGAAUGUGUGCACUUGUGAUUCCAACUGCCACGCCAAAGGCUAAAGCGCUAUUUUGUGUUCUUAGUUCGUCCCCAUAUUCUCCAUUCUUAAAAUUUCAAAAGUGCCUACUGCAGUUCAGUAUGUUAUUUAAUGGCUCUCUGCAUUCUUAGAAAUAAUGUAGUCGACAGUUGGUCUUUCGCUUUGUUAAGAAUGAUUUAACUUGGUUCACUUAGAAAAGUACCCUGAUCCAUUUACCCUUUUGGCUUAUUUCCACAGCAUUAACAUGAUGGUAUCCAAGGUUUACUAUGGGGUAGUUAUUUGAGUAAACCCUAGCCUGACCCUAGCUUUGAAACCCGCACAAUUAAUCAUGCUUUUUUUAUUAUUGCUAGAGGAAUGCAUGGCAUUAUGGAAUUCUGUGUAUAUGAAUUUCAGGUGUUAAAAAUUGUGCACUCCUUUUUUUUUUAAAUAUAAUGUUAUGGAAGCAUACAAGGUCAUAACUUGUUUUGAUAACCAGCUUUGCAAGUUGUGUAUUUUAUUGGAGUUUGCUUAUGCACUUGUGAAAUGAGGACAAAUGUGUGUGGCAGGUUCCUUUGUGUAGGCGACAUCGACCUUCGAUGGAGGUUUAUCUGUCUCUUUUGUGGCAAUAUAUGCACCUAAGGGCCUGCACACAAUGGCGUUUUUUUCCCUUGUUUUUUUUUUAAUUUUUUUUUAGGUUCGUUGCUAUUUUUUAGUGUGUUACCAAUAAAAGGUACCCCAAGC